AUCCUCGACGACCUCUUCCCAGCUCACAUCGCCAGCGCCUUGCGAGAGGGCAGGAAGGUCGAGCCCGAGCACAAGGAGAUGGUCACUGUGUUCUUCGCUGAGAUCUAUGGAUACUCCUCCCUCUCCACGGAGAUGUCCACCAGCGCCCUGCUCGAUAUGCUGCAUCGAUUCUACGUCGCGCUUGACGCGUACGCGCAGGAGUGCGAGGUCUACAAGCUGGAGACGAUCGGGGCGACUUACAUGGCCAUCACUAACCUGGUGGAGGACCAGGAUAGCAGCCAUGCGGUCAAGAUCGUCAAGUUUGCGAUGGGAGCCGUGAGGAUAGCGAGCAGCACCUUCAUCGACCUCGCUGAUCCCUCCAAGGGGGUCGUCCAGAUCCAAGUCGGAGUUCACUCGGGGCCCAUCGUCGCCAACGUCGUCGGCACCCGGAGGCCCAAGUACACGCUCUUCGGGGACACGGUCAACACAGCCUCGAGGAUGGAGUCUCUCUCCUUGCCCGGGGAGAUCCAGUGCUCUGGCAUGCAGCCCGAGGAUCUUGACUUCGUGCUGGUGUCACGAGGAGAGAUAGCUGUGAAGGGGAAGGGGCAGAUGCAUACGUUCUGGAUCCGGUCGAAG